AGGCACGGUACGCAAAUUUUAUAGGCAAGUAAUAGAAUUCUCCAUAGUUAAUCGAUAUUAUUAUCUUAAUGGCGUAAGUUGUCGUACAGUUGAUGAUUAAAGAAUUAAGGAGAUAGUUUAUCAUUAUAAAAUAAAAAUAUAUAUAAUCCCUAAUUAUUAAUUUUUUUUUUCAUUCAUUUAUUAUAGAAUAGAUAAACAAAUAACAAAAUAAGAAAUGGUAUAUACUUCACCAGUUAUAGUUGGACAUAGAGGAUUUAAAGCCAAAUAUCCAGAAAAUACUAUAGUUGGAUUUGAAAAAUGUUUUCAAAAUGGUGGAACUAUUAUUGAAACUGAUACUUGGUUAACUAAAGAUCAAAUUCUUAUUAUAAGUCAUGAUGUAAGUACUAAAAGAAUAUUUGUUGAUAAAGAUGGGAAUGAAACAGAUUUUAUUAUUCCUCAACAUAAUUAUGAUGAAUUAAAAGAUUUAAAAACUGUUGAAGGGAAUUAUCCUUUAAUGACAUUUCAACAAUUAUUAACUUGGUUUGUUGGUUAUCUGGAUAGUCAACCUAAUGGACAAGAAGAUUAUAAGAUUAUGUUAGAUAUUAAAAGAUUAAAUGCUGUAAAAAUCCUUAGAUUUAUUAUUAAAGAUCUUUUAGCCGUACGUAAUGAUUUAGGUUGGUGGUUAAAUAAAGUUCAAUUUGGAAUUUGGGAUUUAAAUUUUAUAAAAUUUUUCAAUCAAGAUGAAUAUUUUCAACAAUUAUUUUAUGGAAAGGAAUUAGGAAAUCAAUUUGGUUAUAAUCAUUUUGAUAUUAUUAAUAUUAGUGGAAGUUGGAGACAUUCAAUUCAAUAUAUUAAUUAUAAUUUUUAUUUAGAUAAUUUAAAGGAUGAUUCUAGAUUUAAAUUUAAAAUUACUGGAAUUUCUUUAUUACACUUUCUGACAUGGUCUCCAGAUUUUCUUACUAAAUUUGUUCCAUUAUUAAGAUUACAAAAUUUAAAAUUUUAUAGUUGGACAAUAAAUACUACUGAACAAUUUGAUUAUGUUCUGACAGUUGGUAAAGCUGCAAAAUUAAGAGAAUAUGGGGUUAUUAGUGAUUUACCUGAUGAAAUGUAUCAACAUAAAUUAUCUCAUGAAGAUCAAUCAUCUUCAUCAACUGAUCAAAUUAAUUCAAGUGGUGAUGAUGAUUUAGAGAGUAAAGCAGGUAUUAAUCAAGAAUUCUAUAAUGAUAAUGGUGAUUUAUCAAUUAAAUUAACUUUUAAACAAAGAUUUGCUAAUUGGUUUUUCACUACUUUAACUUCAUUUGGAAGUAAACCAACUACAGAAAUAAAUUAUGAAGAGACAUUUAAAUCAAUUGUUGAUGAAAAUUAUGUUGUUCAACAAAAGCCAAGUAAGAUAUUUAUUUGGAUAUUUGCUACUUUACAACAUUACGGUCUUGCUUGAUUGCAUUUUUAAUUACUUGACUCUAUAUAGUGUUUGUUAUAGAUUAAUAUUUUUAGCGUGUUUAGUUUAGAUGCAGGACAAGAUAUGAAGUACUGUAUGAGGCAUUCAUCGGUCGUGUACUAAUGCCGAUAGCCUCCUGUUACAACGGUUUUUGCAGUCUUGGAUGCAAUUUUCUUAAUUAAGAUUAGUACUACGUAGUACAUGAUAAUGCAUAGAGGUAGUGUAUAGAGGUUGUAUAUUGACAUUAUUAUGAUUUAUAUAUUAUAAA